UGGCAAAUAACACAUGUAUCAACGAUCGAUCAAACAAAUACCACAAAUAGUUUGAAGAACGAUCGUAUAUAUUCAUAAUAUUAUCGUAGCCAAGAAAUAAAAAUAAAAAAUAAAAAAUGGCUCCACUAGCCAAAUUUGUUGCCGCUUGCCUGAUCCUAUCCUUGGCCUUAAUCCAAAUCUCUGAGGCAGCUGGUGGCAUAGCCACCUACUGGGGUCAAUACGGCAACGACCACAACGAAGGAACACUAGCGGAAGCCUGUGAAACUGGGUGGUAUUCUUACAUAAACAUAGCCUCAAUUAUCCAAUUUGGCAAUGGCCAAGACCUGGUACUCAACCUUGCUGGUCAUUGUAACCCACCGGCUUGCACGGAGAUUGGCAAACAAAUAAAGACCUGUCAAAGCCUUGGUGUUAAGGUCUUCAUCUCCCUUGGAGGAGCUAAUGGAAACUAUAGUCUAACAUCUGUUGAAGAUUCCAAAAAAGUUGCAGAGCAAUUAUGGAAUUCCUAUCUGGGUGGGUCUGACUCAUCCGCUACACGUCCUUUCGGAGAUGCUGUAUUGGACGGCGUAGAUUUCGACUUAGUGGGUUCCCCCACGCUGUAUGAUGGAUAUCUUGCAGCUAACUUGAAGGCUUAUAACCAACAAGCAUGUGAGCAAGGAACAAAAUUUAUCUAUUUAUCAGCAGCUCCUCAGUGCCCUUAUCCUGAUGCUUAUCUUCAAGAUGCCAUCGACACAGGGCUCUACGACUUUAUUUGGGUUCAGUUCUAUAACAAUCCUACAUGCCAGUAUAGCGAUGAGGCUGGUGCUGAUGCUCUCUUAAGUGCAUGGAACAAAUGGACUUCGUCGCUAAAGCGAUCAGAGAAGUUGUUCCUGGGGAUACCGGCAUCCACCACUGCUGCCGGAGGUGGGUACAUCGAGCCUGAAGUGCUGAAUGAUCAAAUUCUUCCGGUGAUAAAAAAUACGUCAAGGUAUGGAGGUGUGAUGGUAUGGAACAGGAAUUUUGAUCGUAAAAGUAGUUAUAGUUCCUCCAUUGUUGACCAUGUUAAUUUGGAAAUUAAACGUCCAUUACGAGCUAAAUAUAUGUAUGUAUGAAUGAGUGACUUGUAUCCUGGAAUAAAUAUAAUAUGUACUAAAUAAAUUGGAUGCUACUGUCACUCUUCUUUAAAUAAAAAUUAUGGAAUAAAUGUGAGGAAUUAAUUAAAUAUUUUUCACUUCA